AAGAAAAUGUUUUUAAUUGGGUUGUAUGGGGUAGGCUUGGAACAAAAAACAAAGUAUGGGUGUUAAAAUUAAAUGAUGGAAAUUUUAACUGGUUCGUAUGCAGAUGGUGUUAGGGUGGAGUUGCAGGCAAGGAUGAGCAUGUUAGUAUUUUGCUUUCCAAUGGGUAUCUUCCAAUGUACUCAAAAGACAAACCUUGUGAGCACAAGCAGAGCAUACAACUUUCACCACAUAAAGCCAAUGGAAUACAAACUAGUCAAAUGACAAUCACUAGGCACUAGCAUUUUCCAGAGGGUAUGCCGAGAAAACUUGUUUGGAAGAGCAAAACUUUGAUAAGCUCGUCAAGGGGCAGAACUUGCCUAUAAAUUUUGUACAUUUUUACUCAUUUCUCCACUGCAAAUUCAAAAAAAGAUUAGUAGAGGCCUAGCUAGCUGUUCAUAGUAAAUCAAGAUGUCAAAGGUGGAGCUUGUUAUUCUAGACUUCUGGGCUAGCCCAUUUUGCAUGAGGGCGAAGAUAGCAUUAAAGGAGAAAGGGCUUCAAUAUGAAGCUAGAACCGAGGACUUGUUCGGGGGCAAAAGUGAUUUGUUGCUCAAAUCAAACCCCAUCCACGAGAAAGUCCCGGUGCUUCUGCACAACGGGAAACCCUUGUGUGAGUCAACUAUCAUUGUUAACUAUAUUGAUGAGACCUGGCCUUCCCCUCCGCUGCUCCCACCGUGUUCAUAUGGAAGAGCUCAGGCACGCUUUUGGGCUGAUUAUAUUGACAAAAAGGUAUUCGAUGCAUGCGACAACAUAUGGAGAAGCAAAGGAGAGGCACCAGUAGAAGCUAAAAGGGAGUUCAUAGAGAUUUUGAAGCAGUUAGAGGACGCCUUGGGGGACAAAGAUUUCUUCGGUGGUAACACAUUUGGGUUCGUAGACAUCAUAGCAAUCCCUCUAACAAGCUGGUUCUAUGCGGUUGAGAAGCUGGGCGGGCUUAAGGUGGAGGACGAGUGCCCCAAGUUUUCAGCAUGGAUGAAGAGAUGUUUGAAAAGAGAGAGCGUUGCUAAAGUCGUUCCAGACCCUGAAAAGGUUUAUGAAUUUGUGUUGAUGUUCAGGAAGAUGCUGGGCAUCGACUAAUUAAUUAAGACACAGAUAUCAUAUAAUUGCCUUCCUAUUCCAACCUACCUACCUACUUUUUCUUCGUUUUAACUUGUAUUUUGAGCUUUUGUGUUGCACCAGACGACCGUUCUUCCUCUCAUAGCUAAUGAGGAGGAUACAAAAAUAAAGGCGAAACAAACAAUAAUUGUG